CCCCCACUCGCAUCGCCUCGCCUCGCCUUCUUCCAACGGGGGACGGCGCCCCCCCUCCCCCUGUUCCUCUCGCCAACACGGCGACGCCGCCGCCGUCAACUCCUCUCCCGGUCAGGUCACCACCGACCGCGUGUCGCGGUCCACUCCUCCGCCGCCUCCAUCCCUCUCGCUCGCUCUCUCUCGCGCGCGCGUUCUCUCUCUCUCUUAUCCACUUCGCCGCCGCCGCCGCCGCCGCAUCCGUCUCCUGCUCACGACGCGCGCGCGGCUGUUCUAUCUUUAGCCUCGUACGGCGCGCCGCUUUUCGGCCUUUGUCGUCAUCGAGCUCCAGGGUCCAGGUUGGGGGGGUGGCGCAUCUUCGUCGUGGUCGCUCGUGCGCUCCCAGUCCGGUGGGGUCCCCGUCGUCGCCAUCGUCGUGCGCCGGCGCCAGAUCCCACUCGGUCCCCGCCCGGCCUGCUUAACCGCGCUGCGAGAUGGACACUCUUGAAGUAAAAAAUGAUGAAGAAUACCAGAUGGACCUUACUGAAAUUAAGGAUAGUGAAGAGCAUUCAGUAGAGAUGCUUGUUGAGCAGCCACGUUUUCUGGAGCCCAUAUGCUCUGAAGAGGUCAAUGAAGAUACGCGAGUGUACCCGCGUGUAGGGGAUGAGUACCAGGUGGAAAUUCCAAAUCUAGCAACAGAAGAGGAACGUCUGAAAUUAAGGUCAUGCCUAAUUGAUGACAAGGGAAUUUUCGGUUUUGAUUAUCCUGUUGGUGUAGGAUUAGCUAUUCCAGUCACAUGGACCCAAAAUACAAGUGAUCAUGUAAAAAAUGAGCAGACAGGAUUUUCAGGACGCAAUUCAUGUUCUUCACAUGAUGAUUGUGACAGCCACAUCAUUGAAAAUAUUCCGAGAAAUGUUCCGGGUUGUAAGGUUGAAUGUGAUGAGCAAGAUGGGAAACUUCUAAAAUCUGCUGGACAAGAUAUGCAUUGCUUACAAAAUAGGAACGCCAAUGAUGGUAUCCCUCUGCCGGGAAUGGUACGAUAUUUCUGGACUGAUGAAGAGGCACAAACUUUUCUUCUUGGUCUCUACAUUUUUGGCAAGAAUCUUGUUCAGGUGACGAAAUUUAUGCAAUGCAAGACAAUGGGAGAAGUUCUAUCCUAUUACUAUGGAGAGUUCUUCAGGUCUGAUGCUUAUAAUCGAUGGGCUGCAUGUAGAAAAGUAAGAAGCAGGAGAUGUAUACUUGGAUUGCGCAUAUUUUCUGGUACAAGACAGCAGGAACUGCUGUCACGUAUGCUUGCUGGUAUAGCAAAGGAAGUUCGAGAUACUUUGCUGGAGGUCUUUAAAACAUUUAAUGAGGGAACAUCUACCUUUGAGGAGUUUAUUUUAUCCUUAAGGUCCACAGUUGGUGCGCAAAUUCUUGUAGAGGCUGUUGGAAUUGGCAAGGGAAAAUAUGACUUGACUGGAUUUGCAUUAGAUCCUAGUAGAAACCAUGGUAUCUCAAACCGUGUGGAAAUCCCUAUUGGCAAGGCUUGCUCAUCGCUUUCAUCUGGAGACAUCAUAAAGUUUUUGACUGGUGAUUUCAGACUAAGCAAGGCAAAAUCUAAUGAUCUAUUCUGGGAGGCUGUCUGGCCUCGCCUGCUCGCAAGAGGGUGGCACUCGGAGCAGCCCAAGGAUUCUUCUCUAGUUGGCAAGCAUGCUUUAGUGUUCCUCAUUCCAGGUGUAAAGAAAUUUUCUAGAAAGAAGCUUGUCAGAGGAAACCAUUAUUUUGAUUCCGUUAGUGAUGUGUUAAGCAAGGUUGCAUCAGAACCAAGACUGCUUGAAUUUGGAGUUGAGGGUGGUAAUGGUGAAGGUGGGUUCAAGAUUGAAAAUGGAUGGAUCCAUGAUGCUGAACUUGACAAAGGCACAAUUACUGACAAGAAAUCUCCUUGCUAUAACCGGCCCGGUGAGCCUGGGUGUUCACCAGAGCUAAUGAAAUUUACUGUGGUGGAUACUAGUGUUGUUCAAGGAGAAGAACCAUGCAAGGUGAGAUCUCUAAGAAAUCUACCUACAGAUGCCAGUCAUGGUUACAUGUCUUCACCACAUUCUGGAGAUUCUGGGAGUGACAGCUCAGAAGAACACUCUGAUUCAGAGGACAGCUCUCAGUCUUAUGAACAUAUAAAUACAAAUCAAAACAAGACAGAUGCUAAGUAUGACAGUGUGAAGAAAUGUAAACCCCCAACAGGUGAUAGGAUGGAUGUUGAUGUACUUCAGAAGAAUUCCACCUUUUCAGGCACAUUAACAUCAACCAAUGGUCACAUGUCAAUUGAUCAGGGUUUCAGCAUAAUUAAUAGUUCCUGCCCCUCAACUGCAACUAUUCUUCCUGUUGGUACUCAAAGGGUCCAUGCUACUAAUUCUUCCACUGAAAUAAACUUUCAGUUUGAUCAAAGGGUAAUUCCUGAGCCCCAAGUUUACUUAGCAGCAUCAAUGUCAAAGAGGAGGAGGCUAGUAUCUUGUAAGAGUGAGAGAACUGGACGCAGAAAUACUGCCGCCAGUAAAAGACAGCAUGGGAAGCAGGUUGUCAACACACCGCAACAUGAUGUGUCUGGAGCAAACGAAGCAAUCGCAGGGGCUAAGCCUUUCAUUUGGGGUUCAAUUCCGAACUCAUCAACUACUAUAAACUUUGACAUGGGUAACAUUAAUUUAUGUCACAGACAGUUGUACAAUGUGCCCCCUACUGAUGAAAAAAUGGUUUACAAGGAAAAGUCCCAAGAUAAGCAUUUUAUUGAUCUGAAUAUUCCACAAGUUCCUUCUGAUUAUGAGCCAGCUGUGAGCUACGUUGUGCCUUCUGAAAAGAAUACACAUAGCAUGGACAGAUCUAUUCAUUCUUCUGAAACCAACGGGGUGGAUGACUGUCUUCCAGACAUGAAUGCCCCUUGUAAUGGACUCUUGAGUGAGCAGAGGAGGCAGAGUACCAGAAGCCGCCCGCCGACAACCCGAGCUCUGGAAGCUCUUGCUUGUGGCUUUAUUGGGACAAAACAGAAGGGCGCGGAGGCAAUCUUCCCUUCUUCAAGCAGGAGCAGCAGAACUGUUCGGCGACCGCGAAGAUUAACUGAUGCCACAGUGCCAUUUCCUUCUGAUGGUGAGGGAAGUAGUUCUCAGUUGACCGAUCCAGCCCUUAUUGUCAAUGAAUGGCGCAUGAGUAACCCUCAGUAUCAAGUCCUUGACAGCACCCCUACAGAUAAGUCCGCUGAUAAAGGGGCUCGUGAAUUAUUUGGGGCAGACAAACCUGCUGAUAAAGGGACUCGUGAAUUGUUUGGGGCAAACAAAUCUGCUGAUAAAGGUAGUCAUGAAUUGUUUGGCAUACCUUAGAUCACAUGAAAAUAGAAUGAAAAAUAGUACUUUAUCGAACUUUGAGUUGGGCUGAGGAACUAAUGGAGGAACCUUAUACAGCUCAUUGCCGAUUUCAGCUAUAGUUUGGUGCAUGCCUCCUACUGUUCAAGAUCAAUACUUAUCAAGAACAUAUGGGUCCAAUGAACUAUCCUGAUUUUAUGGAUGUUUACCCUCAGGUCAACCUUCUGUCUUGUCAAGUGUUUUCUGAUAACAUUAAGCGAAAGAAAACAAUGAGUGCAAGACUCAUGCUCUCCUUGGGAAGUUACCUGCUGAAGCUUUUACCUUCCUCUGGAGGUUUUUGGUGAACCUUUACCUGCAGUUAUACUCUUUGCCUUUUUACAUGUACUAUGUGGAGUGGCUGGAAAAGUGUGUAACAAUGCACUCAUAUAAGAACCAUAUUAUAGCUUGGAACUCUAAUCUUGUCCAGCAAACCAUAAAAUCAAAAUGGAGAACCAAAAAUACAUACAUUCUGUCCAUGUUUGCUCUUUUUCAUGGCGAGUUCAGUCCAAA